GUGUAAGUGGUGAGAGAGAGAGAGAGAGAGAAGCUCCUGUGCGCCACUGAACUCUCAGCUUUGUUAGUUCCUCAUGUUGUUUCUGAGACACAGCGGAACAUUUGGAUGCUGAAAGGAUCCUCAGCUUUGACUCUUCAGCAGUUUGCGGAAUGACGGGAAUGAACUUAAACCUGAGGUUCUGAGGUUUUUCUCAGGGACUGAGGGAGAGAUCGGAGUGUAACUUGGCGGAACACUCGCUCCUGUCUCCUGCGCGGAACGCCUGCUCCUUACUGCUUAUUAUACCUUUUCGCUGUGUUUUUAUCAUAAGGAGUCGAUUUUGGAAUCGGAUAUAACUGUUUAGAUCUGAUCUGAUUUACUCAGUGGAUCAUGGAGCUCAGUAGUUUUCUGCUGUGUGUCGCUGCACUGCUGCUGCAUGGAUGCGUGAAUUCAUCGGGAUCUUACACACCGACACACACGCAGCACGCGCGCGCCGUCAGCAGACACAGGAACUGGUGUGCCUAUGUGGUGAUGAAAUCUGUUAGCUGUGUAAUGGAGGAUGGAGUGGAGACCUACGUGAAGCCUGAUUACCAGCCGUGUGGUUGGGGCCAAUGCUCUCGGGUUGUGGUAUAUCGGACUUUCAGAAGACCAAAGUACAAGAUUGCUUACAAAAUGGUGUCAGAGAUGGAAUGGAAGUGCUGUAAUGGUUACUCAGGUGAAGACUGCAGCCACGGCCCCAACAGCAACUCACAGUUCAACAACAGUGGAACUUCUACCUCUGGAUCUGGCACUGGGAAUGAACAGAGCGGUGGAAAAGGCAGUGGGGAUCGUGAUAAAAUCCUACAACUUGAGGAGAAGAUUCAGAGUCUGACUAAAGAACUCCAUAAAAUUCAGUCCACGUUAGAGGGAGUGAAUCAUAGACUACAAGAAGAGUCACAUGGAGUCCACAUUGCUGAUGCAGCGCAACCAGAAAUGAGGGAAACCAUUAACAGCAUUCAGACCAAGCUGGACCUGCUUGACAACAUGACGCAAGUACAUGACAAGACCCUCACCAGUAUAAACAACCAUCUAGUCGGUGGCAGUAGUGCAGGCAAUGAGCUAGACAGAAAUGGUCAGUACAGCAAAAUGAAGGAUGAGAUUCUACGCGAGCUAGAACUUCGCAUCACGCUCUCCUGCUCCGCCUGCCAGAGUGGAGUGGAGAGCAUUCAGCAGCAACAGCAGGAAGACAGGGAGAGAAUCCGUGCCCUGGAAAAGCACAUGAAUGUCAUGGAGCUGCACCACAGGCAGACAGUGGAGGUGCUGCAGAGGGAUCUGGCCCGCUCACAGACCUGCUGUGACUCCAUGGAGGACCUGGAGAGGCGCGUGGGCGCAGUUGAAAAGAAGGUUAGUUCCACUGCAGAAGCAUAUGAUGUCCUACAGGGCCGCAUUGAUAAAGAGUUGAAAGGAACCAAUGGACGCGGAAAGGGAUCAGAGGAGAAGUUAAGCAGCCGCUUGAGAGAGUUGGAGCGCAGACUGAAUGGAACAGUGAGGAAAGCUGAGCAAAAAUGCUCUCACACCGAGACCAGCAUGAAGGAGCUAGUGCAAAGAGAAAUCAGCAAGAUACGAAACUCUGUUCUUGAUCAAAAUGCUUUUAAUCUUAGACUUUCUAACAUUGAGUUCGACAUGAGGGACAUAAAGGAUUACGUUGAUGUCCACAAGGAUCGCAUCAGUGAGUUGGAAAACAAGACGUCUGUUUUUGACAGCAAGUUAUCAUCAGUUGUUGUUUUGUGUGCAGAUACAUGUGCGGCACAAGAAAAUAAAACUGAGGAUGUUGUUAAAACACUGGAGUGGAAAGUCAUUGCCAACCAGGAAGACAUCCAGAGGUUUGACACCAGGCUGAAAGAUCUCUCUGUGUCAGGUGACUCCAUGAUGGACCAAAUUGCAGACUUAAGCCACAACGUUCAGGAAAUCACGGCUCUGAUUGGUGAGAACGGAGAGAAUUUUAAUAAGAUUGUCACAGAUGUGGAGAUAUUAAGGGCUAACUGUGAUGGAUGCAGUUCUGCUUUCAGUGACAUGGAGAAUGAACUCAGGAGCUUGAAAAACACAACCCUCAGCACCUUUGACAAAUAUCAAGGUGAAUUCACUAAAUUGCACCGAAAAGUGAACUCUGAAGAAAGUGCAUGCUCACAGGUCUGCUCCAACCUGCAGGAGGAAGUGGGCAAGCUUAAAGAGGAAGUGGAGCAAUGCCAAGAACAGGGAAAGAUUAGUAGGACUGAACACCAGGAACAUAUAGAUGGUCAGAAUUUCAUAAUUAGCACAGCAGUAAAGAAUCUCCAGUCCAUUCAGGGUGAGCUCUCUGAAAUCAAGCUGACCUUCGACUCCAUCAAUGACACCAUGAAGAGACUGGAUCACACCGUACAGAGACACGGCAGCACUAUAACUGAACUGGGUACUACGAAGAAUAAUAUCUUUUCACAGAUCAACAAGAUCCAGGAAGAGCUGGACGAGCACAUAGAGGACAGUCAGGAGCAGUUCAAAAACAUUAGCCGGGAUAUUCAGAGGUUUAAAAUCAAUCUGCUGGAGCAGAUGGGAGAAUGCAGAUAUGCUGGUGAGGGGCUGCAGAAGAGGCUUUUGAAAAUGGAGAAUGUUUGUGGCAGACUGGAGUCACUUUCAGAGAAUCUGCAGCAGAUCAAGAAUAUAAUAAACAGACAGGUUUCUGGAUUGUGGACCUGUGUGAACGGGCUCAAUGCUACCGUCAUUACUCAGGGAGAAGCCAUACACAACAUUGAGAGUGUUCAUUUAGAGAAUAUCCAUGGCAAGAUGAACGGUCUCAACUCUACACUACAGGAUAUGCUGAAAGAAUUCCAGACUUUCACUGAACAGGACUUUAUCGGACCGCCUGGACCACAAGGAGAGAGAGGACCCCAGGGUUUACAAGGUCCAGUAGGUCCACAGGGCAGACCAGGUCCCCAGGGUAUACCAGGGAUUGUGGGACCAAUUGGUGAGCCAGGCCUAAGAGGCGAAAAAGGUCCUCCAGGAGACGAUGCUAAAGUACCACGGCUGUCCUUUUCAGCAGCACUUACACAACCACAGGGUCAUGCAGGAACCAUUGUCUUCAACCAGGUGUUUGUCAAUGAAGGGAUGUCCUAUAGUCCACACACAGGUAUAUUCACAGCACCGGUGAGUGGACGUUAUUUCUUCAGCGCAGUCCUGACUGGUCAGAAGAACGCAAAAAUCGAGGCAGUGUUGUCGAAGUCUAACUACGGUAUCGCACGUGGAGACUCGACCGGAUACCAGCCAGAGGGUCUGGAGAAACCUAUAGCUGAAUCCAGGAACGCUCCAGGAUCUCUGGUCAUUUUCAACAUCAUCCUUCCCCUGGAGGUGGGAGACACCGUGUGCAUUGACCUGGUCACGGGGAAACUGGCUGAUUCCAUCGAACCUCUCACCAUGUUCAGUGGAAUGCUGCUGUAUGAGGACGUAGACGCUUUGGUAUAAGAAACCUGAAAUAUUCAGGUUUGUUGUUGCCACCUGUUGAUAUUUGGGGCAGGAGAGUGCUUUUUGUCAAGAUCAAUAAAAGGACUUGAACAUUUCUGAUGAUUGAUCACAGUGUUAAUAAGGGCUUUAUACAGCAAGAAGAUUGUACUGUCUCAGUGGCUUAGUCUUGAAAUUUUAUACUGAUGCUCUCUAUAAUCCUCCAGAACAUGUCAUGGGAUCUGUGUAACUCUCCCAAACCACUGCUUUUACAUUUAUGUUUUUCUAUACAUGCAAGUUGAAAUGAAUUUGAAAAGAAGAGAGAAAGCAAGAGAGAGAGAGAGAGAGAGAGAGAGAGAAGUCUGAUGUGUUUGCUCAAGGCUCCAUUCAGGUUUUCCUGAAAUAGCAAUAAUAAAGCUGUCAUUAUUUUAUUCCUUCAAAGCUCCAUAUUUGGGGGGAAGGUUUCACAUGCUCCUGCUGCUGUGAUUGUAAUUCAAUGAGCAAAAACAAACGGCAAAAAAAGGUUGCACUCUGAACGAGA